GUUUUUUUAGCUAGCUGAGAUCAUCCUCCAUGCAAAGCCUAUCAACAAAUUUCAAGCUUUGAAUAGCUAUAAUUUGGCCUUAUAUUAUCGUCUUGUAAAUAGAAAGAUUUUGUGGUAUAGGGCUGUGCUUUCAAAAUGAGGGUAUUUUGUAUAUCCUCGGUCUUACUUCUGCUAUUUGUGGCGAGUUUGUCUCGAGCAAGGCCGUUAGCAAACGAAAAUUUCAUUGACGAGGACAGAAAUGUCGAGAACACAAUCGAGAAUAUUAUGUCAACUGAAGAUAAGUCAGAUGAUAGUGACAGCGAUGAAAACGACGAAGAUGCUGAUGAGAGAUCAACCGUUGACGAAAAGUCAGAUGAAUCGAGCACAGAUAAGGAUGAAAGCACGAAAGCAGAAUCCAGCUCAGAUAAAGAUGAUAGCACUAAAGCAGAAUCCAGCUCAGAUAAAGAUGAUAGCACUAAGACAGAUUCAAAAGAGAAGUCUGAGGAUAACAGUUUUACUGGGAGUGAUGAUAGUGCAAAUGAAGGUCUAAAGGAUGGAGACGAUGCAAAGAAGGAAAAGUCAGAUGAUGAAAAGAAAGAUGAAGAGAAGAAAAAGGAAGCAGAAAAGAAGAAGAAGGAGGAAGAAGAAGAAGCGGAAAAGAAAAAGAAGGAGGAAGAAGAAGCAGAAAAGAAGAAGAAGGAAGAGGAGGAAGAGGCGGAAAAGAAGAAGAAGGAAGAGGAGGAUAAGAAAAAGAAGGAAGAGGAGGAUAAGAAGAAAAAGGAAGAGGAAGAUAAGAAGAAGGAAGCGGAAAAUCAAGAAGGGAAGGAUAAAGACAAGAAGGAUGAUGCAGAAAAGAGCUUAUCGGACAAUGAAAAGGAGAAGACAGGAGAAUCUAGUAGCAAGAGCAGCAUAGAAAAGGGUGAUGAUGAAAAAGAGGAUGACGAUGAAGAUGGUGAACAAAAAAGCGAUGAUGCAGAAGAUGAAGAAGAUGCAGAAAAGGAAUCAGGUAAGGACAAGAAGAAGAAAGGAAAGAAACAGGAAGAGAAAGGAGAUGCUAAGCAAAUUUUAACUUACCCAGCUGUUAGACAUGGAUGGGGGCACAGCCACCACUGGGGCCCAGCUCACAUCUAUAACCGGGACUACCCUUUCUUUGCCUACGGGUACAGUUGGGGAUGCGGACAUCACAUGCACGGAGGACAUAAGAAAUCUAAAGUAGGAAAGAAAGGAAAGAAAGGAAAGAAGGAAAAAACGGCUUUUAAGUGCAGGGAUUACGUUCUUAUGCCUACUGCAUACUUCGUUCCACCAGUCAGCGCUGUGUCCCAACCACAGCAAGUUAUCGCCAGCUCUAGACAGAUAAUUAGUAAAGACAUUGCUUGCGACGAUGGAGAUCGUAAAUGCGCAGCAAGGCAAGUUAUUGGCAACAUGGCAGGAGGAUCUUUGUUUGGAGAUGGAAUGGGUGGCCUCGGAUUGGGUUUCCCAGGGGUUCCCGGUAUCCAUACAGGUCUGUCUGGUUAUAACAUCGCCGGCGGAUUUGGUGAUCAUGGCCACGGCGGUGGACAUGGCGGUGGUAAUGGCGGUGGUCAUGGCGGUGGUCACGGCGGUGGUUUUGGCGGUGGUUUUGGCGGUGGAUUGGGUGGUGGUUUUGGUGGAGAAGGAGGCUUCGAUGGUGGAUAUGGCGGUGAAGGCCAUGGAUGCAUUGAUAACUGUGACGGUCUCAAUUCCGACAUUGGAGACGACGCUGGCGGUUACAGACGAGAAUUCACACCAAGCGAAACCACCGAGAAUGCAGCAACACGACAGGACAUCGCCAUGCCAGAAGAACAAUCCAUGAUUGACGUGAACAACCAAAGACAGCUGAUUGGCUCAUUGGGUGCUAGCACUGAAUUUGCUGACAAUGUUGGAGGUAUGGGCCUGGGCCAUCCAGGUGUUCCCCAUAUGUCAUCUGGAGUUUCUGGAAUUCCCGGUGAAUACUCAGGACAUGGUGGAUUCGGACACGGAUGGGAUGGGGAAUCCCCAAUAGCAAAUGACCAUGGCUGGGGCUAUGGAGGUGGUUAUGGCGGUUUCGGAGGAGCCGGUGGGCACCGAAGAGCAGAGGUCCCUGCAGAUAAGAAGCAAGACAUUGCCUAUGAUAUACCAACUGAAGAAGCCGUCCCAGGACAAUUACCACUUGCUAACGAAGACGCUGCUAACUUACUAAACAACCCCAUUGAACGCUUACACUCGUUACCUGUGUUACCUAACGCCGAACCACAGCCAUUAUUGAAUACUCGCCCAGUUUUGGAAAUGCAACCAACUAUGGCCGAAACCCCCAAUCAGGCUAAUUUACCAGUUGUGAGUGACGAUAGUGAACGGGAUUCAAUGCUGCUUACAAAGCCAAAAAAUGUUCACGUGCAUGUUGCAGCACCAAAUGUUGAAGUCGAGGUUGACUCUAUGAAACAUGGCCUCGUAGCUAAGAAACCAGUCCAAGUUUCAGCUAAUAAGCUCAGUGAAAUUCGAAAGCUUGUUCAUGAGGUCUCUGCAUCGUUGGAGAAGACUGGGGCAAAGUUGAAUGCAUUGAAGAGCGAUGAAAACACAGAAAAGAGACAGAUCACACCUGCUUACACCCCUGUUGUUUCAGAACCUGCUGGUGUUCCUCCAAUCAGGUACCCUGUCCCAGCUGCUGAUAGAUAUCCACUCGGUGCUGGACAUAUCUGGCCCUCUUCCAACUAUGGACUUCAAUAUGGUGGACCAUAUGCCUGGAGCAAAUCAAACACACCAAAAAAGCCAAAGAAGAGCAACAAGAAGAAGAAGUCUCAUCACACAAGACGAUCAGCUGAAGAGACCAAGGAUGCCAAAGCAACCAAGCCAAAGACAAAUGAAAAAGGAGCAAAGGAGACCAAAAGACAAUUCUUGGCAAGCCCCUAUGGUGGUCAUGGGUAUGGCCGUGGAUUCGGAGGCUUUGCACAUGGAGGACUUUAUGGUGGACACUUAGGUGGAUAUGAAGGACAUGGCGGUUAUGGAGGAUAUGGCGGUGGUCUCCAUGGAGGCUUUGGCGGCAUUGGCGGCAUUGGCGGCAUUGGCGGUGGAUUGGGUGGUUAUGCUGGCCAUGGUGGUGAAGGCUACGGUGAUGAAGGAUACGGUCAUCACGGUGGGUACGUGCUUGAUCACUCUCGUGGAUAUGGCGGUCAUGGCCUUGGGCUUGGUGGCUAUGGAUUUUCACCAUUUGCUGCAGUGUCCCAUGGUGGCUACGGACAUGGAUUCGGUGGAAUGCAUAGUGCAUAUGGCCUCGGCGGCCUAGGAGAGCACGGCUAUGCUGGCCAUGGAUUUGGAGGACUUGCUAUCGGUGGUCAUGAAGGCGGAUUUGGCGGUCAUGAAGGAUACGGAUUAGGCGAGGGCGGUUUUGGCAGCCACGGAGGAUUUGCUGCCGCUGGAGGCUUAGGCGGAUAUGAAGGUGGACAUGGCGGCGUCGGAGGUUUUGGAGGUUUUGAAGGUGGACAUGGCGCCAUUGGAGGAUUAGGCGGUUAUGAAGGUGGACACGGUGGCUUAGAAGGCCACGGUUUUGGAGGCCAUUUGGGUGGUCUUGAAGGCGGACACGGAUAUGGCCUUGGAGGAGAAGGAGGACUGGGUGGUUAUGGCGCAAUUGGCGGCCUAGGCGGCAGCUUCGGACGACAAGGAAUUGCAAGGCAAAUGGCACCAGAAAUGGAACAACCGCAACCUGUCCCAGACCCUUCAGGCUCAAUGUUUAGAUCACCAGCUGCAGUUCCUGCCGUAUCAGACUAUACUAACAAACUAACUGACGACAAUCAACAAAAACUUGAUGUAGUAAAUCGUGAUACUUUGGGUACAAAUAACAUGUUUAGUGGCUAUGGAAAUAUGCCAAUGAAUUUUGGUUACGGUGGAAUGAGAAAAUCUGAAAUUCCAAAAACUAAGGACGCCAAAGCAGUCAAAAGCAAAAAGCAAUAAUGCUCUGGCUCUCAAACACAAGAGAUGAUUCAUGUUCAUGAAGAACUUGUUCCAACUGCUGCCAAUGGUGGAUAAUAUUUCGGGCUUGAAUUACUUUUGCUCCGUGAACCUCAUCCAAGAAUUGAACAAUAAUUGUAAUAUAAUUUCGCGAUUUUCUUUUCUAACAAUUGGAUAGUCUCCUCAAUAUCCCCUCUGUUUAAAUUCCAUGCAACUGAAAGAAGAUUCUUGGUUGCAACCAUUAUUCGUGUUAGUAAAAUUGCUUCAUUGACCUGAGGAAAGGACACUUUUGACCUCGAUUGUCCCAAAAUUAUCGACCAUCAUGUCCUCCACUCAACUAUAGCUCAUAAUAAUUAUUUUAUAAUUACGAAAUACUGUACCAGUAUUUUUCUACGCAAUUGUAUAUUAUGUGUUUAUGGCACAGCUCUCUGUACAGAAAUUUCAUUUCUAUUCACCGCGAACAAUCAAUAUUUGCUUAUUAGCAAUUUAUUUUGUCAGAGCAGAACCUGAUAUUCUCUAUAAAUCUAAUUUAGUUAGAAAUUAGCA